AUGUCUCUGCGCGGCCUCAGCACGGCCACGGCAGCUAUCCGACCUGCUGUCCGCCCGGCAGUUCGCCCCACAAUCUGCGCCCGAGCGUUCUCGCAAUCAACCCGACUUGACGCCCUUCCCCGCUCCGCGAUCCCGACAGGAAAGAGCGGGGCCAGCGGCGCCUCAGGCAGCAGCGGACCGAAGGGGAGCGGCGAGUCGGACUCGCGGCGGCGCGCGACGCGCAUCCAGAAGACGAUCAUGUGGGCGUCCCUCCUGCCCAUUAUCGGGUACUGGUUCUUCCCGCAGCGGCGGGUCCUGAACCCAGCGCAGUACUCGGAGCACACGAUCGACAGCGUGCAGCUCCUGUCGCCGCGGCAUGCCGAGCUCUCUGUGCGCCUCCUGCCGCAGGAGACGCGGCAGUUCGGCAAGGGGGCCUUCCCCUUCCCCUACGUCGGGUACACGGGGAGCAUCUACUCCGUCUCGCCGCAGAUGUACGAGGCCCUCGUGGCGCAGACGCAGGACGAGACGCCCGACGACGGAUCAGUCGUCGUGCAGCACGUCAUGCUGCGCAACCCCGACAUUCAGAUCGAGCGGCACUACACGCCCGUCAACGACGUGGCGCGCGACGGACGCAUGAACCUCGUCGUCAAGAAGGUGCGCAAUGGCGAGCUUGGCCGGAUGGUGUUUGGGCUCAAGAAGGGAGACCAGGCCGGAUUCCGCGGACCCAUCACCACGUUCUCGAUUAAGCCCGACGAGUACGACACGGUCGUCAUGGUCUCCACUGGCACGGCUGUUGCACCCUUCCUCCAGCUCCUGGACAAGGCCAAGGUCGGAAACACCAAGUACAAGCUCCUCCAGGCACAGGCUCCUGAGCGGGACGACUGGAGCGCAAAGCUCAUCAAGAAGCACCAGCAGAAGUACGGUGACAAGCUUGACGUCAACCGCAUUCCGCAGGGAGAGGUGCAGAAGGAGGACAUUGCCGAUGCGCUCGCCGACGCCGGCCGGGUGUGCGUCCUCGUCUGCCUGCCGCCGAAGCUCAUGGGCCCAUUCUGUGGUCCCCUCACACCGACGCUCGAGCAGGGUCCCCUGACCGGCACGCUGAAGGAGCUGGGUCUCAACUCGAAACAGGUCUGGAAGCUCGAGUGA